CAGUUUUACUAAACUUCGUAUCUUAAGAAAAAAAGUCUGAGUUACGAAGUUCGUAACUUUUAAAUUAAGAUACGAUGCUUCUGUUUUACUAACGCGUUCGUAAAUUUUUAUCGUAAUCUUAACUUAUGAACAAUUCGUAAGAUACGAUCUUGGAACUCUCUUUUAAAGGAGAUAUAAAUAUUCGUAGUUACGAACGCUGCGCAAGCGCAUUAGUCACUUUCACUUUUAUUCGCGGCAAUACGUCAUUCUCGUCUGCGACAAAAAAAUGGAAAAAGAUAUCAAGCGGAGAAGGCCCAACUGGAGCGAGGGGGAACUUGUGGCUUUGGCGGAGGCAGUGGUCCCUAGGGCUUCAUACCUGAAAGGGAAGCUGUCUCCGUCAUUGACAGCUGAGAGAAAACAGGAGCUGUGGGAGGAGGUAGCCGAUGAAGUCAACUCUGUUGCCAUGGUUAAAAGAACAGUCGAUGAAAUGAAGAAAAAGUGGGCCGACAUGCAGAGCCUGACAAAAAAGAAAGAAGGGGAAAGGAGAAGGUCCAUAAAGAUGACUGGUGGAGGCCCUGGCCCAAAUCUUAUUUUUAAAUGCUGGGAAAAUUUGGUUCUAAAAUCCUUAUCAGAUAUUGCAAUCGAGGGCAUCAGCGGUGGAGUUGAUACUGCAGAAUGUGUCCAAGAAGCUUCUUCCAUUAGUAUCACUGCUGUUGUUCCAUCUACUACAGACUCUGCUAAACCUAGACUCCCCAUCCAAGAUAACACCAUGCCUCAGUCACUAUCCGGUACAAGUAGCAGAAAUGGUGUCAAAGACACAUCAACCCUUAGUCAUGGUGCUGUGAUUCCGCUAACAGAGGCUGAUAAACCAGGAACCUCCAAAGAAGGUGACAAUGCAAAUGCCAGCAGACCAGUCAGUAAACACUUACAGUCCAUGGGGGGUGAAAAGGCUGUAAAGAAGAAAACUCUGAACUCUGAAGCACAACAAAAGACACAUAGAAGAGAUGACGAGAACUGUGCAAAUGAAAGAUAUUUUAAAUUUGAAGAGGAGAAACUACAAAAACUGGAAAACUACAGGAAAAGAAAAUUAGAACUUUUGGAGGAAGUAAAAGUUUUCCAACAGAGGAGCUGCCUUGCACUUGAGAGAAUUGCCGAGACACUAAUAGAACAGCCAAAAGAAUUUUCUCUGUCACCAGUGAUAAAGUUCUAAGUUUUAUCGGCAUUAAUUCAUAGGUCCCUCACCAAUAACAAUUUAAGUGUACUCUAGUCUAGUUAUGUGUCUGAUGUAACAUAUUCAACUGCAACAACCAUUUUUGGCCUUGACCUUUCCUGUAACCUUGACUUCACUUUUUAAAAAAAAAAUUGCAUUUUUUUCAGUUUCAACAAAGUUACUCGUUACAAGUAUUAUUAGAUUAAUGAAUAUGUUAAUACAUAAUAUUUUUAGAAUUUUUCAAUUAUUCCUAUUUUUCAACUUGAU